GCAAAAUGCACAACGUUUGGAUAGUUUUUCUUCUGGCUGCUCUGGCAACUGCACUAGCUCAGGACACAGUCUCAUCCUCCAACCCAUGUUCAGCAUUCAAGACGUGUGGUGACUGCAUCACCGGCAACCCAAGCUGUGCUUGGUGCACGCAAGAUGGGUUCGAAGGUCAGGGGUCGCGUUGCGACACGCUGAACAACCUCAAGUCGAAGGAAUGUUCUGACGAGUUCAUCACGAACCCUUCGACGAAGUUCAUGGUGGACAAGGCCGAUCCGCUGUCCAGCGGGUCUGUAGGGGUCCAGGAUGAGGCCGUGCAGGUGUACCCGCAGGAGGUCACACUGACCGUUAGACCACAUAAGCCAUAUACUAUGACUAUGGAGUACAGGCAGGCCAUGGACUACCCCGUAGAUCUGUACUACCUCAUGGACUUGUCUAACUCUAUGGAGGAUGACAAGUCCCAGCUGGCAGCCCUGGGAGAUAUUCUAGCCGCAAAGAUGCAGAGCAUCACAAAGAACUUCCGCCUCGGUUUCGGUUCGUUUGUCGACAAGACGGUCAUGCCGUACGUUAGCACGGUCCCUGCGAAGCUGAACGCUCCCUGUGACGGCUGUGCCGCACCCUACAGCUUCAAGCAUCACCUCGACUUGACAACCAACACGAAACUGUUCUCUGCAAAGGUGACUGAGACUCCAGUGUCGGGUAACCUUGACUCUCCUGAAGGUGGCAUGGACGCCCUGAUGCAGGCUAUCGUGUGUGAGGAUGCGAUUGGCUGGCGCAAGGUGGCUCGCCAUCUCGUCAUCUUCUCGACGGACGCCAGCUUCCACUACGCCGGCGACGGCAAGCUGGGAGGAAUCGUGAAGCCCAACGACGGCGUCUGCCACAUGCGGAACAACGAGUACACCAUGGCAACGGAACUGGACUACCCGUCUAUCAGCCAGCUGAUCAGGGUCGUCAAGGAGAAGUCGAUCAACCUGAUCUUCGCCGUGACGGAGAACACGUUUGGCGUGUACGACGAGCUCAGUGCGCUGAUUCACGGCUCGACCGCGGGCGUGCUGGCCAACGACUCCUCCAACAUUGUCGACCUCGUACAGGAGAAUUACGAUAAAAUCCGAUCGGAGGUGCUGUUGUCGGACAACGCUACCGAGGGCAUCACCGUGAAAUACCACAGCAGCUGCUUGGGAAAUGAAGUUGAAGAAACCAACAAGUGCAUGGGCAUGAAAGUUGGAGAUACUGUGACCUUCAACGUGACGAUCACGGUCGACUCGUGUCCGGAGAACGGGGAGCAGACGCUGGUCAUCAAGCCGGUGAACAUCAAUGAGGAGUUGCGCAUCCGGCUGCGCGUUGAAUGCGAGUGUGACUGCGAGAGCUCCGGCGUUCUGGACAGCCCGCGCUGCAACGGCACGGGAACGUAUGAGUGCGGCAUCUGCGACUGCCCGCCCGGGUUCAAGGGUCGUCAGUGCGAGUGCGACGCGAAGCAGUACACGGGAGACGCGAGCGAGGACAGCUGCAAGCUCAACCCCAACGACACGAGCGCGCAGACGUGCUUCGGGCGUGGCGAGUGCGUGUGCGGCGUCUGCGAGUGCUACGAGAGAGAGAAACCAGGAGAGAGGGUGUGGGGGGAGGUCUGCCAGUGCGACAAUUUCUCGUGCGGCAACUACAAGCUAGCGAUAUGCGGCGGCACUGGGCGGGGAGAGUGCGACUGCGGCAAGUGCGUGUGCAAGCCGGAGUACAAGGGCGACAGGUGCCAGUGUCCCAGCUCCGAACAGAGCUGCAUGGCCGAUAACGGACUAAUCUGUGCAGGCCACGGCAAGUGUGACUGCGGGCGGUGCCUGUGCGACGCGGACAGCCUGUACCGCGGCCCGCUGUGCGAGGACUGCCCGACCUGCGCGGGACAGUGCGAGGACAACCGCGACUGCGUGCAGUGUGUCAUGUGGGGCACGGGCAUCUACGACACCAAGGAGCUGUGCGACGCAAACUGCGCGAACAAGACGAUCAUCCCCGAGGACGAAGUGUACGAGGAUGCUGAGGCGGGCGUCCGUAAGUGCCAGUUCAAGGACACCGACGGCUGCACGUUCUAUUUCACGUACGAGUACAACAAGACGAUCGACACCCAGCCGGAAUCCGACGUCGUCAUCAUCAGGGCACAGAAGACCAAGCACUGCCCCCCGCCGGUUCCCCUCGCCGCCAUCAUCGCCGGCGUUGUUGGUGGCAUCGUCGCCGUCGGCCUCGCUCUCCUCAUUAUCUGGAAGCUGCUGACGAUGAUCCAUGACCGCAGGGAGUUCGCCAAGUUCGAGAAGGAACGCCAGAACGCCAAGUGGGACACGGGAGAAAACCCGAUCUACAAGCAGGCGACUUCUACAUUCAAGAACCCAACGUACUGGUAUAACAGCAACUCAAUAAAAUUGCCUAAACAUUGAAAUGAAAAAAAAUCUCAAUAGAAAUGACAACAGAAGGCAGGACAGCAGUGUCUGAGAAUUUACACUGAUGCUACUUCGGUGGUCAGAUCUGCACUUUGAGCUAAAUCAGAAGUAAUAACUAACUAUUGACCACCCC